UUCUAUGGACUGCUGAUUUGCUGUUACAAUUAGCUGCAGCGAUUGUUUGGUUGACAACCCCGACCAGAUUCUAAUAAGACGAGUUAAUUUAUGGUUUAUAGUUUAAUUAUCGGUUACUUUUCAUUUAAUUUAACGUCUUCGUUGCACUCCGUUGACCUUAUACAAUAUACAUCAUAGGCCUUGAUAAACCGAGAAUAUUGGUUGUGCGCGUUGCCACUAAAAUGCUGUUGAUAAAGAGUGACCUUUUCUUAAUCAGCGUUUAUUCGGCGAUUGUCUGUUUGGUUCGCGUGCAUCCACUGCAAAUGCGAUGCAAAUAUACGAGCUUCCAAGGCUGCAACUGGCUGAAAUUCGACAAAUUCCCCAUGCAGGCGGCACUGCGCCAGCAAAGCAUAUGCUGCGCGGGAAGAGAUCAGGUGAACCGCGUUAGCGCAGCGAUCAGCGCACCCGGAAGAGACAGCCAGAUCAUGCCGCCACCGUUGCCCUUCUUCGACGCACUGGUCAUGAGCGUCUUGAGGAGCGAAUAUCCACCGGCAAAUCCCGAUCCUCUGGCCUACGCGCUGCGACCACGACCCGUCUACUAUGCCGCCACCAGUCAAAAGUCCAAGCUGAGCGGUCCGCGAGUGGGCCGCAAAAGAUAGGAAGAAAGGUCUUUUUGUCACUGGGGCUGGUCAUGUGGGAGCGCCUAGCUGCGAGCA